GAUCUCCAGGCAGCAACCAGGCCUUGCUUCUGUUGCGAAGUUGUGGUGCUUUAUUACCAGAGAUGGUGUCAUCUGAAAGAACAGAGCUAGCCCAUAUGAUAUGGGACAAAAUGAAAGCGCUGGGUGCCGUGUAUGACGCAAGCCAUUAUAAUGCUUUGCUUAAGGUCUACCUUCAGAAUGAGCAUAAGUUCUCUCCAACUGAAUUUUUGGCCAGAAUGGAGGAAGCUAAUGUGCAGCCCAAUCGAGUUACCUAUCAGAGAUUGAUUGCUGCUUAUUGCAACGAGGGUGACAUUGAAGGAGCCAGUAAGAUUCUUGGAUUUAUGAAGAAUAAAGAUCUCCCAAUCACGGAGGCAGUAUUCAGCAGCCUUGUGAAAGGUCAUGCAAGAUCAGGAGAUAUGAAGAGUGCAGAAAAUAUCCUCUCAGUGAUGAGGAUGGCUGGUGUUGAGCCUGGUCCAGACACCUAUUUAUCAUUGCUGAAUGUGUAUGCUGAAAAGGGUGAUGCUGACAGCAUCAAAAAGACUCUAGAAGAGGUUGAGAAGACAGAAGGGUAUCUUAUGGAUAGGGUUUUGAUGCAGGUGAUUUUAAGCCUUGCCAAGGCUGGAUAUCCUCAGUAUAUUGAAGACAUUAAAGAGCGCAUCAAAUUUGAAAAGGAGUUAAUUCCAGAUGCAAUGAACCUGUGUUUGACUUUGAUUACUCAAGGCUUUGAAGACAUAAGUUUCCGUAUUUUGAAGUCUCUUCAUUUAUCACGUGAUAAUAUGGACCAGGGUAGCUUUUUCUUACAGCAUUGUGUAAAUACAGAUAUGCCUAUGAGCAAGCUGAAACAGUAUUGUGAUGAGUUAAAAGAAGCAAAAAUGCACUCAGCACCUUUACCAUUUAUUUUGCGUUGUGCUUUGGAGACCAAGAGAUCAGAUAUGGCCAUUGAGGUGAUGAAGAUCAUGAAAGAGGAAGGCUUGCCCCUCAGACCUCACUAUUCCUGGCCACUGCUUGUUGCAUACCAGAAAGAGAAGAAUCUUCAAGGUGUCCUUAAGGUCCUCAAAGUGAUGCAUGAGUUGGGAGUGGAACUUGAUGCAGAAACUUACGCAGACUAUGUUUUUAAAAAUUUCCCUGAUGUUGAAACUGCCCGUACUCAGCUGCAGGAAAAUAACUGCUUGGUUGAUACUAUUGGAUUCCGCAUAGCAGAAAUAAGACAUGAAGCAGCUCGUGGAAAGCUGAAAAAUGUUCUUGCUCUGUUAUUACAAAGAGGAAAAAUAGAUGUGAUGCCGAAAACAGUUCAGGAUUGCCUCAUCAGUGUAGUGAGGGAAGGCGAAGGUUGGGUAUUAAUGCUGGUUGCUCUCUAG